CGUUGACAAAGUUGUAGUUAAUUCAUGACCUUCACAACCUAUCUACAUUAUAGCAAACCUGGUUCUUACUUGAACUCCUUAUAAAAACAGUAUUUCCCCAACUCAUUCUAUCAACAAAUUAGAUUUUAAACAAAAAUGGAAGUUCAUGACAAACUUUUUUUAGUUUUUUCACAAGGAUGCAACAUGGGAAUGGUGAUGCUAGCUUGCAUGUUUAUUUCAUGGAUCUUUGUUUACAGAUGGAACCAGAGGAACAGAAAAGGCCCCAAAACAUGGCCACUCAUCGGAGCAGUGUUCGAACAAUUAAUUAACUAUGAUCGAAUGCACGAUUGGCUCGUCGAAUACCUGUCCGCAUCGAAAACGGUUGUAGUUCCAAUGCCUUGCACAACUUAUACUUACAUUGCUGAUCCUGCUAAUGUUGAACAUGUACUUAAGACCAAAUUUGCCAAUUACCCCAAGGGUGAAACGUACCAUUCAUAUAUGGAAGUGCUGCUUGGAGAUGGGAUUUUCAACGUAGAUGGUGAGCUAUGGAAGAAGCAAAGGAAAACAGCUAGUUUUGAGUUUGCAUCAAAGAAUUUGAGGGAUUUCAGCACUGUAGUAUUCAGGGAAUAUAGUCUACAACUCCAUUCUAUUCUAACUCAAGCUUGCUUCCAUAACCAAGAAGUAGACAUGCAGGAUUUAUUGAUGAGGAUGACUUUAGACUCCAUUUGCAAGGUGGGGUUUGGUGUUGAAAUUGGAACUCUGGCUCCCACUUUACCAGAUAACAACUUCGCUCGGGCGUUUGAUACUGCAAACAUCAUUGUUACACUGAGGUUCGUUGAUCCACUCUGGAAAUUGAAAAGAUUUCUCAAUGUGGGCUCCGAAGCUCUACUUGGAAAGAGCAUCAAAGUCAUUGAUGACUUCACUUACAAUGUCAUAAGGAGAAGAAAAUCUGAGAUUAAAGAAAUUCGAGAAUCUUGCAAAACCAGCAAGAUAAAGCAUGACAUAUUGUCAAGAUUUAUUGAACUAAGUGAAGAUCCAGAAGGAAAUUUAACUGACAAAAGUCUUAGAGAUAUUGUCCUGAAUUUUGUGAUUGCUGGCCGUGACACAACAGCUACGACUCUCACAUGGGCCAUAUACAUGAUAAUGACCAAUGCCCGUGUAGCUGAAAAGCUUUACUCAGAACUUAAAGCUUUCGAAGAAGUACAAGCAAAGGAGGAGAGGAUUUCAUUACUACCAUGUGACUUGGAAGACCCUGAAUCCUUCAAUCAAAGAGCAGUGCAAUUUGCAGGUUUGUUGAAUUAUGAUUCACUGGGGAGAUUGUAUUAUCUGCAUGCAGUGAUCACAGAGACACUACGUUUAUAUCCAGCAGUUCCCCAGGACCCCAAGGGCAUCCUGGAGGAUGAUAUCUUGCCCGAUGGAACCAAAGUAAAAGCAGGAGGCAUGGUUACUUAUGUUCCCUACUCGAUGGGUCGGAUGGAGUAUAAUUGGGGCCCUGAUGCAGCAGUAUUCAGGCCUGAGAGAUGGCUAAAAGAGGGUUGCUUCCAAAAUGCAUCUCCAUUCAAGUUCACUGCAUUUCAGGCAGGACCAAGAAUAUGCCUUGGAAAGGACUCUGCCUAUCUCCAGAUGAAGAUGGCAUUGGCCAUUCUGUGCAGGUUUUUCAAAUUUAAUUUGGUGCCAAACCAUCCAGUAAAGUAUAGGAUGAUGACUAUUCUAUCAAUGGAGAAAGGUUUAAAGCUCAAAAUAGCCAGACAAUCUUGUUGAGGUGGCCAAUGGUCUACUUCUGGUCCAAAGUUAAACUAUACCAGAUGUUGUCCAAACGAUAAUAUAUACUUUAGAAUUUUGCAAGCAAUCAAUUCGGAUUCUUAACUAGAGAACUCCUCUAAGCUCUGCGAUAAUCGCAAUAAGGAAUACCCUUUU